AACGACCCUCAACCUCCCCCCCAUCGAGCCCCGGCCUCCCUGUCCCCCCCGCGUCUAUGCUAGGCUCUACUCCUAUUUCGACCGCGCCCUCCCCUCCUCAACCUCUACCCCCAGCCGCCGCGCCCGCCAACCCCGCCCCCCCUCGCCCUCGCGCCCCUUACCCUCACGCCACGCCCCUCCCCCCACAAAGAGCCUCGAAGGCUUCCGGACCCCCAGACGCGGAUUACGGGGCGGGAAAGCGAAGCAUGAGCUACCGCGCUGGAUCGGCCCCGCGGUGCGACAGGUAUGCAAGGAGCUAGGUGCGGGCCGCGCGAUGCCGCAUGUCUUGGCGGGCGUCGAGAGCGUGAUGCUGCUCCCGUGUCCCGGGCCAGAAGACGGAGAUGAAGAUGUCGGCGGGGAGCGGAUGAGUGGGAAAACACCAGCGCUGAUCGCGGCCGUGUUCUCGUUCGUGAUGGUGCGGCUCACGGGCCAGCAGACGGAUACCAAACAGUAUAACGAACAAGUGCGGAGAGUCCUCAGCGUCUUGCGCGAGCUGCGAGAGGAUGAAGCAGCGCUGGCUAGGAUCGGAGAGGGAGAGGAGGCGUGGAAGGGCUGGGAAGAGGUCCGGAAGAAGGAUGUCGAUGAUUGGUUGAAGGAGAUUAGCAACCAUGGCUGGUUGCGCAUGGCUUGGUGGGAGAACAUCAUCGAUGGAUCGGGCGCCAGCGGCGAGGUCGAGAUCGAACCUCCUGAAUCCGAGGAGGAACGGGAGGACGCGGAUGAGGAAGAGGAGAGCAAGCGCUUGCGAGAGGUGCGCGCUGGAUCCAUGAGGCAGGAGGAGUUCGACUACCUGAGCGAGACGAAGAGGGAGCAGUUCGCGCGCUGGAAGAAACUGAUGCUGGUCAAGAUUGAUGAGCUGGUGCAGAGCGGGAUCUUGGAAGAGGAGGGGGAGGAUACGGAGAUGCGGGAUGUUAGCUGACGUUCCUAUAUUUGUUAUACCACAUAUAUAUAUAUUUAUGAGAGUUGAGUUGACUCUGAAUCUAGAGAUACC